GCCCGCCUCUCCGUGGAAGAGGACCCUGGAUCCCUCUCUUUUGAGCCACACAGUAUCGAACAAGUCCCAUCCGCUCGAAUAUCGGUCGAACGACAACCUGAAAUGACCUGUUUGCGGUUCGCCCAUCCCCGACCUUUUCACUCCUGAACGGUCUCCAGCCAUGUCGGAUCGCGGUUGAAUGCGGUGACUGGUUUUCCAUGCCAGCCAUUUCUUCGGUUAUCAACGCUAGGUUCUCCACGGACGCGAAGGACAAUGACCGAGCUUACCCUCAAUGUUCCUCGACACCGGUCUUCAGGAUGGCUUCCGCGUACCUUGCGUCGACAGUACUUGGUCCCGCUGGCCUGCCUCAUGUUCUUCAUGCUGCUUUUGACGGAGUAUCUUCGUCAAUUGGGCAACGACCAGGGCAGCCUCAGCCUCUUUACCUCGACUGACCAGAUAACCGAUACGCGAAGGUUCGCCUACACCUAUGUUCCGACCAUUCUGAGUAUGAUCAUCGCCAUCCUGUGGUCCCUUGUUGAAUACGAUGCCCUUCGGCUCGAACCGUACUUUCAACUGUCCAAACCACAGGGCGCUUCGGCCGAUGUGCUCCUACUCAACUAUGAGUUCGGCCAUUAUACUACCGCCCCGUUUUUCGCUAUGAGGAACCGCCACUGGAUUGCAGUCUGCAUCUCGAUCUUGAGUAUCCUGCUGCAACUCGUGUUCCCUUCGUUGCAGAGCAGCUUGUUUAAGAUGGAUGAUGCUACAGUUUAUAACAACCAGCACCUUGAAACAUGGCCGAAUCUGGUGAACCUAGCAGAGCAGGGAGCUUUGGCGGACAACGACAAUCUGAACAUGACUGGAACUGGAAUCAGAGACCAUCGAGACCUUGCUUAUAAUCAACCACAAUCGAGCAAGUACGCCAUGGCGCCGGUAGCUAUACCAUUGGAUGUUCAGUACGAUACGAAGCUGUGGGAACUUACCCAGUCUAUCUAUUGGGCGGAACUAUCCUGUGCUGCGGUGGAAGUGAACGAUGCUACAACCCUUGAAGUGUCCUCCAAUACCUCAUCAUUUGGUAUCGGAUCGCUCAAUACGCAGCCCCCGAUCUGGAAUAUCUACGAAGUGCCAUCAACAGGACAGAACUGCUCCUUGGAACUUAGUGAAGAGAUCACCAUCUCGCCUACAAACUCAUCUUUGCAGAUCUCACACUGGCAGCCGAGCGCAUCCGGAGUCAGUGUGACAGAGCAAUGUGCUUCUUUCGACAUAAUCGGUGUCACGGUGGAUAUCAGCCUCAACAAGUCCAGCGAACAUGUUGAUCGCCAGAAAUCUGACUUCUCAAGCUCUGAUUAUACUCAUCAGGUCAGUGGAUUUGGCUGCAAGAUUGUAUAUCAGACCUCCCAGGCUGGCAUCUCGGUGCAAGUAAACGGUUCACUCUCUAUUGCUGAUGUGCAUCCGAACUCGACUACGGAGGUGUCUGAAGCCGCUCUUAACACCACUCAUUUCAAAGGCAUCAUCUUGCAAGAGGUGGCUUCGACCAACGGCACUUCAUUUUCGAAUAAGAAGCCAGUGAGGCCAUCAACACUCCAUCGCGAUUUGACGUCGAAGAUUGAAUCCAGCGUCCAGGGUGCCUUCGUACCUUUGAUGAACAGGAUAUUCGACGUCAGUGGUCAAUCACACUACGUAAAGGCUUCUCAUGUGACACAUCAGAUGGCCAUUAUAGUUGGCCCAGUACAGUCGUUUGUGUCUGAGGCGAUCCUUCUUUUCGGGGUGGCAGUUGUUUCGUAUUUGGCCUACAUCUAUCCGCGCCGCCCGAACAUGCUUCGAAGUGACCCAGCCUCCAUUGCAUCUAUGUGCGGUAUCAUGGCUGAUGUCAUUGAUGCUUCUUGUCUCUCACAUUUGAACCUUGACGAGUUAUCAACCAGGCAGCUCAGGACCAUCCUUCGGAAUUAUACUUGCCGCUGGCAACGAGCUACCGAGCCCCCCCGCAUCUGUAUUGAGCCAUCUGCUGUCCCCCGCUCUCAAAGACAGAUCUUCCAAGGCAAAUCCGAUCCAAGGCCACAUUUUCUCUUGAUCCCGAUAUUUGCCCUUGAGAUUUUCCUUUUCAUUGCAGCAUUUGCCGGGAUUGUGACGAUAUUCGUGCUGUGUGCCAGGGAUGGGGCCUUCCAUUCCCUGACAUAUCUCAAUUCAGACAGCCUAGCGGCACUGUUUCAACUCAUUCCCUCCGCAAUUGCCUCCAUCAUAAGGGCAAUCUGCCUCUCGAUAUACCGAUAUUUGAGCGUUCUGGAACCAUGGUCUGUUCUUCAGGCAGGAGGUGCAUCCGCCGCGUCUUCAUUAUUGUUGGAAUAUGGGUCACUGAACCCUCUCGCUUCCCUCUUCAGGUGGUUCAGUUAUCGCCACAUCCUACUGGGACUCGUAGGAGUGGCGUGUAUGUUCAACACAGCGAUGAACAUAUUGGCCAGUGGACUCUUCCAGCAUGAGCUUGGACCGACCAGGGCUGAUACAGAGAUGAAAUCUAAUUACAGCUAUGAGUCGUUUGCCAUCAGGCAACCUUCGUCGAUAGUCCCUGAACUUGACACCAUCAAGAGUAGCAUCUACAGUGGCACAUCGCUACUUUCUUGGACCACAUCCAGCUUCUCCUUCCUCCCUGCGUGGACAGAUACCUCAUCCGAAUGGCUUGUUGGAGGCACUAUAAGGGGUGUUGGGGCCGAUAUAGUAUGCAAGGAGCUUUCGAUCACCGAUAGCUUUUCAGAGGAUUCCGGGUCAAAUGUGGCUCAUUGGCAGUACUCACCCUUCAAUGAAUCAGACACGGUGUGCCAACUGGACACACUUCAAACUAGCGAAACUCGCCAGUCAGAAAGCUUGACGGUCCACUUCUUCGCCUCGCCAAUAUCUGAAAAUUCCAAUGGGUGCCAGAAGCCGGCGGUCCUCGUGGUAGCCUACCCAAGCGGAAGUGGCUAUUUACAGACCACAUCCGAGAAUGCAGUCGCUCUAUACUGCGAAUCUCAACUCAUCAUGCAAAAUUUCUCGGUUGGUUUCAACUCGGACGGGUACAUACAGUACUAUGCUCCUCUGAAUGGCACCUCCGCGGUCGAUGACUCUAUCCUGCAAAAUGGGACGACAAACCUUGCGAACUACAAUCUUAGGCUAUCGAGCCCGCUCAGCGUUACCUACAAUGGCUCACAUCAAGAAACGAACAAUGCAAGCGACUCUGACUGGUUUGGCACGCUUACGGCGAAUCUAUACCGCAUUCUGGACACGAACACAACAGUCGUUGCUGCAGACGUUUUGGAGGUCGCCUCCCGCAAUGUAUACCGGACUAUCUUCGCCACCGAUCUCACUCUUGAACGAGAUGCUUAUUUCCAAUACCAAGAUCCCCCCGCCAAGAUCAACGACGGCAUCAUCUAUAACAUGUCUUGGGCUGUGGUCCCAUCGUUGGCAUCAUUUAUAUACGUCUUACUCAUAGUGCUCUUUGAUGGAUGUGUUGUAGCCUCGGUCUUCUUCACCCGAAGAGGUCGGUUCAGGUUCCCUCGCAUCCCGCGGUCGAUCGGCUCCAUUAUGCCUUGGGUCAUCCAUGGCCGGGUUCUGAAUGAUUUCAAAGGCACGUACGCCUGGAGUGGAGGUGAGCGAGAGAAACACUUUGCCGACCUCGACAAACGGUACAAACUCGACAAACAUGAGAUGCCUGAUGGGAAAUGGAAGUAUGUCUUGGAAGAAGACAUUUCUCGUCGCGACGAGGAACCCACUACAGACGAGAUAGCGCAGCCCACCUCUACGUCAAAGAAUCGGUUUAAAACUCUUGCGAAGGGUGACAUCUGAAUUUGACAAGAAAGAGCAAAAUGGGUGAUGUAUGUUGAGAGUAUAAUUGCUUCAAUAUUCAUCAUCCACUUCUUAGAGUGGUCCGGGUAUGAGGGCACCCUACUGCUUUGCCCCGGCUCCUAUCACAGGAUUCUGCCAUGUCCUCCACCGAAUGCAGGAACGGAA